AUGGCUGAAGCACCUCCGCCCAAAACCAGAAUGGAAUGCAUUGAAGAAGCCAUCGCCAAGCUUCCCUCUAAUCGACUCCAUGUCACCUUCACCUUAGAGGAGCUACUCCACCGACUAACCAACCUGCAAACCACUCAACAACAACACCACUCACCACACUCCUCUCCAUCUUCCUUCCCUCUACAGUCACUGCCACCAGCCGCCCCAAUACUAACCACACCGCUGCCUCCACUGUUGACUCCGUCGCUACCUCCGUCGAUCAAGCCGCCCCCGUCACCCACGUGCACAACACCCACGUCCAUGCCAACUCCACCGCCACGCCCCGCACUCAUGCCGCAACACCCCGCACCUUGGCCGACCCUGGUUUCCAGUAGAGAAGACACUACAAGGAAGCUCGUAGCACCACUCCACCUUACGUUGCCUUUUGAGAGCGGCAACAACAGCCACCGCGAUACCGGUCUUCCUCUUAAUAUGCUCAAUGUAGGUAACAGAGUACCGCAGACCAUCCUCGAGAAAGUUCUUACGAACUCCGCAAGCCAAACAGCGAAUUCGGAGUUUCAUAAUGAUUCUCAUGUUGUCACACAACACCUCCUUGUAUCCCUUGGCUCCUCCAUUGCCUCUCUCCCAUGA